AAUUGUUAUUAAAUUGGAGAAAUGCAAUAACGAGAUUAAGUAGAAGACAAGAAGCCUUUAAUGGAUGGACUGUUAGACAUGUUUGUUAGAAAAUCAGCUAUAACGAAUACUAUGUAGUAGGUGAUAUCAAUUACAGAACCAAUAAUAAAUAGAGGACCUAGUAUUGAGGAAUAGUAAGCUUAGAUUUAGGAGAAUCAAUUCAAAUAUUUAUUAGUAUUAUUGAGUCAUUUUGCUGUUGCUUUGUUGAUGAUUGGAUUAUUAACAUUUUUCAAAUUUAGUGAAUAGAUAUAGCAAAUACCAUUUAUUAUUUGGGUUGUGCUUUUGAUGCUCUACCUCUUGUCAAUUGCAAUAGUAUAAUUUAGUGAAUCAUCAUCUCAAAAAUAGCCUAAAAACGUAUUUUUGUUUGGAGUUAAUACUUUAGUGAGAUUAUUUUGGUUUAUAUAUGCAGUAGUCUUAUACCCAUAAUUGCAUUUGGAAGUUGUUAUUGGUUUACUCUUAAUCAACUUACUUGUAAUUUUACUUUGUUUCCACUUGGAUAAGUCAGAAGGCAUUAAAAACUGCUUCCUCGUUUGUGAUCAACCAUGGAGAAUAUCAUUUGUGCUUCUGUUUGAAAUCCUAUUUGUUGGAUUAUAUCUGAAUAUCCAGGAUGCAGCAACAGCAAUAAUUUGGAUCUUAGUCCUGUUUGCUUUAUAUACCUUCAUAUUAUUGAAUGUGCAAUUGGUGGAAUUCAGAAGACACUUGGCCAAGAAUGGAAACGUGUAUUUGUUAUCUUAAAUGUACUUUGAUGGUGACAUAGUGUUUCCAUGUUAUUUCUUAUAGCAUCAUUUAUUAUGCACUAGCGAAAGAAGUAUUUUAAGAUAAUGA